UCUCAUUCUCAAUCUUUCAAUCUGGGCACAUGGCUUCUCUUUUUCUUAACCAUUUUUCAUCAGCAUUAUGCAGAAGAUACAGCUUCAAAGCCGCCGUUUAUGUUAACUGGUCAACACCCAUCACUUCUCUAUCAAAAAUGGCGUCUUCUGGAUCUUCAUUCAGUACUAGCUCUAGAACUCACAUUCAUAAUAGUUCAGUCACAUCUGGUCAUCACCCAAAUCCAAUUGAUCCGAACGAAGUAGCUCAUGAGUUUCGCUUCUUCAGAGUUUACAAAGAUGGCCGGAUUGAGAAGUUCCGGUCCACCGAAAAGAUCCCUCCGUCGGAUGACCCGGUAACCGGGGUUCGUAUUAAAGAUGUUGAAAUAUCAUCACAACCCGCUGUUUCAGCUCGUAUUUUCUUGCCCAAGAUCCGUGAUUCGAGCCGGAAACUCCCGGUUCUUUACCAUGUCCACGGAGGUGGGUUCUGCUUCGAAUCAGCUUUCUCUCCAAUUCAUUCAAAGUACCUCACUUUGUUGACGGCUGAAGCAGACGUAAUCACUGUGUCGGUCGAAUACGGGUUGUUCCCGGAUCGACCCAUACCCGCAUGUUACGAGGACUCAUGGGCCGGACUCCAGUGGGUGGCGGGCCAUGUAAAUGGGAAUGGACCCGAGUCAUGGUUGAAUGAGCAUGCUGAUUUUGGACGGGUUUUUAUAGGUGGAGAGAGUGCUGGAGGGAACAUCUCGCACAAUCUAGCUGUUCGGAUCGGGACACUCGGGUUACCCGGAGUGAACGUGGCGGGCAUGGUUUUGGUGCAUCCGUAUUUUGGAGGGAUAGACGAUGAUCAAAUGUGGCUUUACAUGUGUCCAUCUAACGGUGGGUUGCAGGAUCCUAGGCUGAAACCGAGUGCAGAAGAUCUGGCAAGGCUUGGGAGUAAAAGGGUGUUGAUAUUUGUGGCUGAAAAAGAUCAUUUAAAUGUAGUAGAAAGAAAUUAUUACCAGGAACUGAAAGAAAGUGGAUGGAAAGGAAGUGCAGAGAUCUUGGAAAAUGAAGGAGAAGACCAUUGUUUUCAUAUGGAGAAUCUCAGUAAUGAGAAGGCUGUAACUCUUAUCCAAAGAUAUGUUUCUUUCAUGAAAGAAGAAUAA